GCCUCGGAGCCCCGCGGGAGCCGCCGCCGUCGGCCCGGAGUGUCUCCACCGCCCCAUGGGCGCGCCGCGGAGCCCGUUCGCCUUGGGCACCAGCCUGCUCUGCUGCCUGCUCGCCGUUGUACUUGCCCAGAGGGUGAAGGUUCAAGAUGAGGUCACCGGCUAUGUGGGGCAGGAAGUCACCCUGCCCUGCAACUUCAUCAACACCAGCCCGGACAUCAAGGUCAGCCAGGUCACCUGGCUGAAGGAGACGGGCACGAGGAAGCAGAGCGUGGCCGUGUACCACCCUGACCACGGGCCCAGCUACCCGACGGAGAAAGGCACCGGGCACAUCCGCUUCCGGGCUCCAUCCCUGCAGGACGCCGCCCUGGUCAUUGGCCCCCUGCGCAUGAGCGACGAGGGCAUCUACACCUGCGAGUUUGCCACGUACCCGCUGGGCAACGAGGAUGGCGUCACCCGUCUGACGAUACUGGCCAAGCCCAAAAACUAUGCAGAAGCCCUGGAAGUGAAAGCUGGGAACGCAGAGGUGGCCGUGGCUGCCUGUAUUUCAGCCAAUGGGAAGCCAGCCGCUCAGGUCACGUGGCAGUCGGGGCUGAACGGCAACUUCACCACUUCUGAGGUGACCAACGCCAACGGCACCGUGACCGUCACCAGCCGCUACGUGAUGGUGCCCACCAAGGAGGUCAACAACCAGCGAAUCUUCUGCCACAUCGAGCAAAAGACCCUGGCACAGCCGGUCUCAAUCCCGGUCACGCUGUCUAUAUUAUAUCCCCCCGAAGUCGCCAUUCUCGGCUACGACGACAACUGGUAUCUGAGCCGCGAGGAGGCCGUGCUGACCUGCAGCGCCACGGGGAACCCGCCACCCACCAACAUCAGCUGGACCAUGUCUAGCGGUCCCCUUCCAAGGACCGUGGCCAUCCAGGGGGACAAGCUCGUGGUACGAAACGUGGACGCCUCCGUGAACACCACUUUUACCUGUCACGUCAUCAACAAGGUCGGGAGAGUCUCAGCCGAACAGACCGUCUUUGUACGAGAAAAGCCCAACACGGAAGGAGCGGGCACCACUGGGGGUAUCAUCGGAGGCCUCAUCGCGGCUAUCGUGGCCCUGGCGGUGGUGGCCACCGGCAUCCUGAUCUGCCGGCAGCAGCAGAGGAACCGGAUGGAGCGUGAACAGGAAGAUUUGGAAGGACCCCCGGCCUACAAACCGCCUCCGCCUGUCCCUAUGGCUGAGGAAAGGGAGCCGGUUCCCAACACUCCUGAGGCUGACAGUAUCCCGCUCAAAACUCCCUAUUUUGAACCCAGCGCCACAGACGAUCUCUUUGGAGGGGUUAUCACCAUGAGCAGAAUGGAGGACGCCCCCCGAUACCACGAGCUGCCCACCAUGGAGGAGCGGGAGGCCACCGGGCCCGCCGCCCCCAGCCUGGAGGACAGCUAUCUGGAUCAAGUCAACCCCAUCUAUGAUGCGCUCGCCUUCGCCGCAACGGACGAGGAGGCUGACGUAGCGGCCCUGGCAACCGACAAGGCUUUCAUUAUGUCUAGAGCCAUGUACGUCUGAGCGUGAAUCCCGCGCUCUCCGUUUCCCUGCCGGAGGGACGCAGGCUGCUGGUGGACACUCCUGCCUCUGCCCCGGAGAGACGCUGCUGCUGUUUUAAGGUCACACUCCAGCAAGGUGUCUCGCUCGGAUCCCUCGCUUCACGCGUGCCUUAGGCGGACAUGACUUGGCCU